AUGGCAGGACUGCAUGUCUCUAAGACAAACUUAGAAGAUUUGAAAGUGGUGAUUUUUGGUGCUGGCACCGCAGGAACGGGUGUUGCAGACCAAAUCCGAGACGCCAUUGCAACUGAGAGUGGAAAAUCUAAAGAAGAAGCCGCCAAGCAUAUAUGGUACGUGGAUAAACCAGGCCUACUUCUAAAGCGCCACGGUGACUAUCUCUUCGGUGAAGCUGCCGGGUUUUGUGGAGGUCCGAUGAGGACGUGGGGUUUCACGGCUUUGAUUACGGAGAGGAGAUCGAUGUCUUUGUCGCUGUCCCAUUCUGAGUCGUCACGCGCGUAG